AUAGUUAUUUCUCAUCUUCUCUGCAUCAUCUCCUCUCUAAGAAAAUAUAGCAGCAGCUGCUACGUACUUGCGACCAUGAAGAUGAGCCCACAUAUUAAGGUCUUCUCAACGACGUUAAUAUGGUGGUGGUUGACGAUGGUUGUCGCAGACCCACAGACGAAUCUGUUAAAUAGCGGUUGCAGCCAGUACAACGUGUCCAACGAGUCGGCCUUCUAUGCCAGUCUAAACGCGACGUUUACGAACCUCAGAGCAGAGCUGAACAACAACAGCAACAGCAGAUUCGCAACCGCACAGCAAGUGACGGGCUCCGCCUAUGCGAUGGUGCAGUGCAGGAACUACCUGUCUACUGCUGACUGCCUUGCUUGUUUCACCGCCGCCGAGACUAAAAUCCGGAACUGCUCUGCUGCCAACGGCGCCCGCGUCAUCUACGAUGGCUGCUUCCUCAGGUACGAGAGUAGCACCUUCUAUGACCAGGGCACUCAGAUUGGUAAUGAAGGGAUUUGUGGAAACCAGACAGCAUCGCAGCCUGCUGCUUUUAGUACUGCCGCGAAAGAAUUGUUAGCAGAUCUCCAAGUUGCAACGCCUAGGAUUAAUGGUUUCUUUGCUGCGAGCAAGAAGCAAGUGGUUGGUGGUGUUGGUAAUGCGACAGUGUAUGCUGUGGCACAGUGUGCCGAAACAGUUAGUGAAACUGGUUGUCAGGAUUGCUUGACAGUAGCAGUCGGAAAUGCAGAAGUAUGUCUUCCUAAUACGGAUGGUCGGGCAAUUGAUGCUGGCUGUUUCCUGAGGUACUCAGACACGCCCUUCUUUGCUGAUAACCAAACUACUAAUAUCACUCCCUUCUUAGGAAAUGGAAGUUCAAGCAAGAAGAAAGCCAUUAUUGGAGGAGUAGUAGGGGGUGUCGCAGGUGCUAUUCUCAUUAUAGCUUUGUUUGUCUGGUUUACAAUACUAAGAAGGCCCAAGCCAGUCACUAGAGGUGACAUAUUAGGGGCAACUGAGCUGCGAGGCCCAGUGAAUUACAAGUACAAAGAUUUGAAAUCUGCAACCAAAAACUUCAGUGAAGAAAACAAACUCGGAGAAGGAGGUUUUGGUGAUGUAUACAAGGGUACUCUGAAAAAUGGGAAGAUAGUUGCUGUCAAGAAGCUGGCUAUAGGCCAAUCCUCAAGGGCAAAGGCAGAUUUCGAGAGUGAAGUGAAGCUUAUAAGUAAUGUUCAUCAUCGGAACAUGAUCCGUCUUCUUGGGUGUUGCACCAAAGGGCCAGAACUACUUCUUGUCUACGAAUACAUGGCAAACAGCAGCCUCGACAAAUUCUUGUUUGGUGAAAGACGAGGGUCUCUGAACUGGAAACAAAGAUAUGAUAUAAUCUUGGGCACAGCUAGGGGCCUUGCUUAUCUACACGAGGAAUUCCAUGUAUGUAUCAUACAUAGAGAUAUAAAAACCGCCAACAUUCUUCUGGAUGAUGAUUUCCAACCCAAGAUUGCAGAUUUUGGGUUAGCAAGGCUUCUACCCGAGGAUCAAAGCCAUCUCAGCACCAGAUUCGCAGGAACAUUAGGGUAUACAGCACCUGAAUAUGCAAUCCAUGGUCAGCUAUCAGAGAAGGUAGAUAUCUACAGUUUUGGUGUUGUUGUUCUUGAGAUUAUAUGUGGUCGAAAAAGCAGCGAGGUGAAGGCUGAUCCUAAUGGCGAUUACCUCCUUGAACGGGCAUGGAAACUGUACGAGAAUGACAUGCAUCAGGAGUUGGUGGACGAAACGUUGGACCCAAAGGAGUAUACGGCAGAAGAAGUGAAAAGAAUUAUAGAGAUUGCUCUGUCGUGCAUGCAGUCACCGGCUGGUCUGAGGCCGUCAAUGUCUGAAGUUGCCGUUUUGCUCAAAAGCAAAGGUUCGGUGGAACGUCAGCCGCCAAGCAAGCCAGCCUACGUUGAUUCUGAGAAGAAGGUUCGGCCGGGAGACACCUCCACUUCAACCGCAUCAUCCACAUCUAAUGCCACUGUCUCUACCUCUCAGGUCUCGGCUCGCUAACGUUAAACAUAUAUAUCUGAUUUUUUUUUUUUUUUUUGAUUGUAUAUAUUAUAGUUUCCUUUACUUGGGUUUUACAUAUAUUGGAAUGAGAUUCAUUCCCUAAUACGUCUGUAAGAAAUUAAUUCCAUUAUGAAUUGAAGUACGUGGUGCGUACGUCCAAAUAAAAAAAAUGUUUCGUAA